CCCGCCAGCGCACCUCCACCUGCGGGGCUGCCGAGCGACACCGGCCCGGCUCUGCGGGGCGAGCAGCCUGUCCCCGAGCGCCGGCCUCGCCCGGCCCCUCGCCCGGCCGCAAGCGGGCUCCAGCAAGUGACACCGGCCGGCCGGCCCCGAUCUCCGCCCCCAGCGCACAAAGCCACGGGCCAGCGGCGACUGCAGCGGAGGCUCCGCGGGGCUGGGGGCGAGCAUGGCGGUGCAGGGGGGGUGAGCGCUCCCCUUCCCCCCCGGCGCAGGGGCCGCUGGCGCGGAGUCCCGGGCGAGCCAACAUGGGGUUCCUGCACCAGCUGCAUCUCCUGCUCUGGAAGAACGUGACUCUCAAGCGCAGGAGCCCGUGGGUGCUGGCCUUCGAGAUCUUCAUCCCCUUGGUCCUCUUCUUCAUCCUCCUAGGGCUGCGGCAGAAGAAGCCCACCAUCCCCGUGAAGGAAGCUUUCUACACAGCAGCCCCUCUCACCUCGGCUGGGAUCCUGCCGGUGAUGCAGUCCUUAUGCCCCGAUGGCCAGAGAGAUGAGUUUGGAUUCCUGCAGUAUUCUAAUUCCACCGUGACCCAGCUCCUGGAGCGGCUCAAUGAGGUGGUGGAAGAGAGCAACCUGUUUGACCCGAAUCACCCUGGGCUGGAGGAGGAGCUGGAGUCCCUGCGGCGGCAGCUGGAGUCGCUCAGCAACAGCGAGCCCAGCUCCAUGGAGACCCACUUCGACAGCCGGGCAGCGUCCGGCUUCACGUUGGGCUCCGCGGUGAAGAACCAGAGUGAACUUCAUCGCUUCCUCACUCGGAACCUCUCCCUGCCCAAUGAGACGGCCCAGCUGCUGCUAGGCUCCAAAAUCAACCUCAAGGAGGUCUAUCGCCUGUUUUUCGGCUCCUCGCCCGCCUCGGCGGAUGACGCCCACGAGAGACAGCCCUGGGACCGAUUCAGCUCUGGGGAAAAGAUUCUCCAGCUGGAGGAGAGCCUCCUGGGCGGGUGGAGGAACCUGGAAGAUGGGCUGAUCCACAGGGCUCUGCGCGACCCCAAGAGAUCCACCCACAGGCAGGCCCUCCUGCACCUCCUGUCCCAGGCCCUGGGCCUGGCCGGCGCACCCUCCGAGGCCUCUGCUUCCUACAGCCCCCAGGCCUUUGUGAAGGAGAUGGAGAGCAUCCUCUUCACGCCAUCGGUGCUGGAGCACCUGACCUGUGACCAGGAUCAGGAGGAACUGAAGCAGAUCCUGACUGUCCCUGGGAGCCGGCAGCCCUGGCUGUGGGCCUACCGGGCCACCGUCUGCAACGGGAGCGCCAGCGUCCGCCGGGAGCACUUCACCCAGCUGGCGAUGGAGCUCAAGGAGCAGCUGGACGUGCACAAAGUCGUCAGCAGGCUCAAGCUGGACGAGGUGAACAGCACGGCGGCCCAGCACCGGCUCCACGCCCUCCUGGAGGACCUCGUGGAGAUGGAGAAGGUUCUGAAGGACGUGGACAUCCUCUCGGCUCUGGCCAAGCUGCUGCCCCAGGGCGCCUGUGCCAGCAAAGCACCCCCGCCCGCCACCAACAGCACCAGCUGGGGUGGCAACUUCACCGCCGGCGCCAACUCCACCACGGAGGAGGGCGACAGGGAGCCCGUGGGAGAGAACCCCCAGGGCCAGCGCUCGGCCUUUGUGCAGCUCUGGGCAGGACUGCAGCCCAUCCUCUGCGGGAACAACCGCACCAUCGAGCCCGAGGCCCUGAAGCAGGGCAACAUGAGCUCCUUGGGCUUCACCAGCAAGGAGCAGCGUAACCUGGGACUGCUGGUGCACCUCAUGACCAGCAAUCCCAAGAUCCUUUACUCGCCUGUCGGGACGGAGGUGGACAAGGUCAUCUUGAAGGCCAAUGAGACCUUUGCCUUCGUCGGGAACGUGACUCGCUACGCCCAGGUCUGGCUGAAUGUCUCCUCUGAGAUCCGGGGCUUCCUGGAGGAGGGCAAACUGCAGCGGCGGAUCCGCUGGCUUCAGGAGUUCACCACUGACCUCCACAAACACCCCGAGAUCCUGAACACUUCAGACAACAACCUCCUCCACAGCUUCAUCGACGGCAACUUCUCGCUGCCCAACGCCAGCGCCCUGCUGCAGCAGCUGGACACCAUCGACAACGCCGCCUGCGGCUGGAUCCAGUUCAUGUCCAAGGUCAGCGUGGACAUCUUCAAGGGCUUCCCCGACGAGGAGAGCAUUGUGAACUACACGCUGAACCAGGCGUACCAGGACAACGUCACGGUGUUUGCCAGUGUGAUCUUCCAGACCAACAAGGAUGGCUCCCUGCCCCCCCACGUGAUGUACAAGAUCCGGCAGAACUCCAGUUUCACCGAGAAGACCAACGAGAUCCGGCGGGCAUACUGGCGGCCGGGCCCCAACACGGGCGGGCGCUUCUACUUCCUCUACGGUUUCGUGUGGAUCCAGGACAUGAUGGAGCGAGCCAUAAUCAACACCUUCGUGGGCCACGACGUGGUGGAGCCUGGCAACUACGUGCAGAUGUUCCCGUACCCGUGUUACACCAGGGACGAUUUCCUGUUCGUCAUCGAGCACAUGAUGCCCUUGUGCAUGGUGAUCUCCUGGGUCUAUUCGGUGGCAAUGAUGAUCCAGCACAUUGUGGCGGAGAAGGAGCAUCGGCUGAAAGAGGUGAUGAAGAUGAUGGGCCUGAACAACGCAGUCCACUGGGUGGCCUGGUUCAUCACCGGCUUUGUCCAGCUCUCCAUCUCCGUCACCGCGCUCACCGCCAUCCUGAAAUACGGCAAGGUCCUGAUGCACAGCGACGUCUUCAUCAUCUGGCUGUUCCUCGCCAUCUACGCCGUGGCCACCAUCAUGUUCUGUUUCCUGGUGUCCGUGCUCUAUUCCAAGGCCAAGCUGGCCUCAGCCUGCGGGGGCAUCAUCUACUUCCUGAGCUACGUCCCCUACAUGUAUGUCGCCAUCCGGGAGGAAGUGGCCCACGACAAGAUCACGGCCUUCGAGAAGUGCAUCGCCUCUCUCAUGUCGACCACGGCCUUUGGGCUGGGCUCCAAGUACUUUGCGCUGUACGAGGUGGCCGGCGUGGGCAUCCAGUGGCACACCUUCAGCCAGUCGCCCGUGGAAGGCGACGACUUCAACCUGCUGCUCUCCAUGAUGAUGCUGAUCGUGGAUGCCGUGGUCUAUGGUGUGCUGACGUGGUACAUCGAGGCCGUGCACCCAGGCAUGUACGGGCUCCCCCGGCCCUGGUACUUCCCUUUCCAGAAAUCCUACUGGCUCGGGAACGGGCGGGUCGAAACCUGGGAGUGGAGCUGGCCCUGGUCUAGAACCACCCGCCUCAGCAUCAUGGAGGAGGAUCAGGCCUGCGCCAUGGAGAACAGGCGGCUGGAGGAGACGCGUGGCAUAGAGGAGGAGCCGAACCACCUGCCGCUCGUCGUGUGCGUGGACAAGCUCACCAAGGUCUACAAGACGGACAAGAAGCUGGCGCUGAACAAGCUGAGCCUGAACCUCUACGAGAACCAAGUGGUGUCCUUCCUGGGGCACAACGGGGCGGGCAAGACCACCACCAUGUCCAUCCUGACUGGCCUCUUCCCCCCAACUUCGGGCUCUGCUACCAUCUACGGCCACGACAUCCGGACGGAGAUGGACGAGAUCCGGAAGAACCUGGGCAUGUGUCCCCAACACAACGUGCUCUUCGAUAAACUGACGGUGGAGGAGCACCUCUGGUUCUACUCGCAGCUUAAGAGCAUGGCGGAGGAGGAGAUCCGCAAGGAGAUGGACAAGAUGAUCGAAGACCUGGAGCUGUCCAACAAGCGGCACUCCCUGGUGCAGACUCUGUCAGGCGGGAUGAAGAGGAAGCUGUCGGUGGCCAUCGCCUUUGUGGGUGGAUCGCGGGCUGUUAUCUUGGAUGAGCCCACUGCUGGUGUUGACCCGUACGCACGUAGGGCCAUUUGGGAUCUGAUCCUCAAGUACAAACCUGGAAGGACCAUCCUACUCUCCACACAUCACAUGGAUGAGGCCGACCUGCUCGGGGACCGCAUCGCCAUCAUCUCCCAUGGCAAGCUCAAGUGCUGCGGCUCCCCACUCUUCCUCAAGAGCACCUACGGGGACGGCUACAAGCUGACGGUGGUGAAGAAGCAGUCAGACUCCAGGAACGGCACAGACUCGGGGCAGACGCACAGCCCUCCCUCCCACUCCUCUGCCAGCCCCUGCUCCGAGCCCCGUGUCACCCAGUUCAUCAAGAAGUACGUGGCCUCCUGCCUGCUGAUCUCCAACACCAACACGGAGCUCUCCUACAUCCUGCCCAGCGAGGCCGUCAAGAAGGGCUGCUUCGAGAGGCUCUUCCAGCACCUGGAGCAGAGCCUGGGGGAGCUGGAGCUGACCAGCUUCGGGCUGAUGGACACUACCCUGGAGGAGGUCUUCCUCAAGGUGUCGGAGGAGGACCUGUCGCUGGAGAACAGCGAUGUCGACAUGAAGGAGUCCAAGAAAGACGCUCUGCAGCCACCGGCUCCCCAGAUGGGCCUGAAGCCCGAGGCCAACGGGGAGCCCCUUCCUGACGCAGAGGCACCCGAGAAGCCGGAGGUGGAGCUCGGCAACCUGGUGGCCUGCUCCAACCUGGCCCAGUCGCAGGCGUCCCUGCGCUCGGCAUCCUCUGUGGGCUCCGUGCGGGGCGAUGAAGGUGGGGCUUAUUCGGAGUUCUAUGGGGAUUAUUCUCCGUUGUUUGAUAAUCUGCAGGACCCCGAUAACGUCAGUCUGCAAGACCAAGAGGCUGACGCCGAGGCUGCGGACCAGCCCCUGGGGGGACAGGGGAGCUUUAAGCUGGAGGGCUCCUGGCUCAAGCUGCGCCAGUUCCAUGGGCUGAUCGUCAAACGCUUCCACUGCGCCAAGCGCAACACCAAGGCCCUCUUCUCGCAGAUCCUGCUGCCCGCCUUCUUCGUCUGCGUGGCCAUGACGGUGGCGCUCUCUGUGCCUGAAAUAGGUGACCUGCCUCCUCUGAUCCUCUCGCCGUCCCAGUAUCACAACUACACCCAGCCCAAGGGCAACUUCAUCCCCUAUGCCAAUGAGGAGCGGCGCGAAUACCGCAUAAAGCUGUCACCCGACGCCAGCCCCCAGCAGCUCGUCAACACCUUCCACUUGCCCUCCGGGGUGGGGGCUACCUGUGUGCUGAAGACGGCCUUCAAUAGCACCCUGGACCAGCUGGUGCAGACCCUGAACCUCAACAGCAACGAGUCCAAGAUGCUGGCGGCCAAGUACUUCGACGCUAUGUGCGUCGAUUCCUUCACCCAGGGCCUGCCGCUUUCCAACUUUGUGCCACCGCCCCCCUCCCCGGCCCCCUCCGACUACCCCGUCUCCCUGGAUGAUGACAUGGUGCACGCCUGGAACUCCACCACGUAUCCCUCCACUGUCAAAGAGACCGUCACUUUGGCCCCAUCCCUGCCCAGCAUCAUCCACGAGUCCAUCAGAUGCACCUGCUCCAUGCAGGGGACGGGCUUCUCCUGUCCCAGCGGCGUGGGAGGCCACCCGCCCCAGAUGAAGGUGGUGACCGGGGACAUCCUGGCGGACAUCACCGGGCGCAACGUCUCGGAGUACAUGCUGUACACGUCGGACCGCUUCCGGCUGCACAGGUAUGGAGCGAUCACCGUUGGCAACGUCCAGAAAUCCAUCCCAGCGUCCUUUGGCGCCCAGGCCCCUCCCAUGGUGCGGAAGAUUGCGGUCAGGAGAACAGCCCAGGUCUUCUACAACAACAAGGGCUACCACAGUAUGCCCACCUACCUGAACGUGCUGAACAACGCCAUCCUGCGGGCCAACCUGCCCAAGAGCAGAGGGAACCCCGCCGCCUACGGCAUCACAGUGACCAACCAUCCGAUGAACAAGACGAGCGCCAGCCUCUCCCUGGAUUACCUCCUGCAAGGCACGGAUGUGGUCAUCGCCAUCUUCAUCAUUGUGGCCAUGUCCUUCGUGCCGGCCAGCUUCGUGGUGUUCCUGGUGGCUGAGAAGGCCACCAAAGCCAAGCACCUGCAGUUCGUGAGCGGCUGCGACCCGGUGAUCUACUGGCUGGCCAACUACGUGUGGGACAUGCUGAAUUACCUGGUGCCGGCCACAUGCUGCAUCAUCAUCCUCUUCGUGUUCGACCUCCCGGCGUAUACGUCCCCCACCAACUUCCCAGCCGUCCUCUCGCUCUUCCUGCUCUAUGGCUGGUCCAUCACCCCCAUCAUGUACCCAGCCUCCUUCUGGUUCGAGGUGCCCAGCUCAGCAUACGUCUUCCUGAUCGUUAUCAACCUCUUCAUUGGCAUCACGGCCACUGUCGCCACCUUCCUGCUGCAGCUCUUCGAGCACGACAAGGACCUGAAGGUCGUUAACAGCUACCUGAAGAGCUGCUUCCUCAUCUUCCCCAACUACAACCUGGGCCACGGGCUGAUGGAAAUGGCCUACAAUGAGUACAUCAACGAAUACUACGCCAAGAUCGGGCAGUUUGAUAAAAUGAAAUCACCCUUUGAGUGGGACAUUGUGACCCGGGGCCUGGUCGCCAUGACGAUUGAAGGCUUCGUAGGUUUCUUCAUCACCAUCAUGUGCCAAUAUAACUUUCUCCGGAAACCACAGCGGCUGCCCGUCUCCAACAAGCCCAUUGAGGACGACGUCGAUGUGGCCAACGAACGGCACCGGGUCCUGCGCGGCGAUGCCGACAACGACAUGCUCAAGAUUGAGAAUCUCACCAAGGUGUACAAAUCCCGCAAGAUCGGGCGCAUCCUGGCUGUGGACCGUCUGUGCGUGGGCGUGCGGCCCGGGGAGUGCUUCGGGCUGCUGGGCGUCAAUGGGGCGGGGAAGACCACCACCUUCAAGAUGCUGACUGGGGACGAGAGCACCACCGGAGGGGAGGCCUUCAUCAAUGGGCACAGCAUCCUGAAGGAGCUCCUCCAGGUACAGCAGAGCCUAGGUUACUGCCCGCAGUUUGACGCGCUGUUCGACGAGCUCACGGCGCAGGAGCACCUGGAGCUCUACACCCGGCUGCGUGGCAUCCCCUGGAAGGAUGAGGAGAGGGUGGUGAAGUGGGCGAUGAAGAAGCUGGAGCUCACCAAAUACGCCGACAAGCCGGCCAGCACCUACAGCGGGGGCAACAAGAGGAAGCUGUCCACAGCCAUCGCCCUGAUUGGCUUCCCUGCCUUCAUCUUCCUGGACGAGCCGACAACAGGCAUGGACCCCAAGGCCCGGCGCUUCCUGUGGAACCUCAUCCUGGACAUCAUCAAAACGGGCCGCUCUGUGGUGCUGACGUCCCACAGCAUGGAGGAGUGCGAGGCGCUCUGCACCAGGCUGGCCAUCAUGGUGAACGGGCGGCUCAAGUGUCUCGGCAGCAUCCAGCACCUGAAAAACAGGUUUGGAGAUGGCUACAUGAUCACGGUGCGGACCAAGUCCAGCCUCAGCGUCAAGGAGGUGGUGCGGUUCUUCAACAGGAACUUCCCUGAGGCCAUCCUCAAGGAGCGACACCACACCAAGGUGCAGUACCAGCUCAAGUCUGAGCAGAUCUCGCUGGCCCAGGUCUUCAGCAAGAUGGAGCAGGUGGUGGACGUGCUGGGCAUCGAGGAUUACUCCGUCAGCCAGACCACACUGGAUAACGUGUUUGUGAAUUUUGCCAAGAAGCAAAGCGACAACCUGGAGCAGCAGGAGACCAGCCCCAACUGCUCGAUCCAGUCCCCGCUGGAGCACAUCCUGAGUCUGCUGCGGCCCCGCGCCGCCCCUACCGAGCUGCGGGCCCUGGUGGUGGAGGAGCCCGAGGACCUGGAGACAGAUGACGAGGGCUUGAUCAGCUUCGAGGAGGAGAGGGCUCAGCUCUCCUUCAACACGGACACUCUCUGCUGAGGAGCCGGGGGGAGCGAACUCCCCAGCCUAGGAGCCGCUGACUCCCCCUUGCCCCAGAGCCCCCGCCCCUCCCCGCCCUCCAUUGAGUGGCAGUCAUCCAGCGUUCGCUGUCGGCAAGGCUGUGAGCCACCUGGAUCCUCCAGCCCCAACCAGAAGCUGCCACGGAGCUGCCACAGCAAGGCCCAGAGACCUGAGGGCAGAACACUGGCCUGGAUGGACACUGGAGGCGUCUCCCCACCGGCCGAGCCCACCGCUAAGCGACCCUCGCCCUGGCCUGCAGCAGCUGCUUUCCCUGCGGCAGCUGGGGGGCUGCUUGCAUUGGCAGAGGGGAGAAGGGCUGGUUGCCUGGGGGUUGCAGGAAGGUGGCGAAGAAGCAAGGAGUAAAUGUACAGAGCAGACUGCGUGCGGCCACCGCUUCCUUUGAUCCUUUCCGGAGGGAUGCGAGAGGAGCCUCACCCUGCGGUCGGGGCUGGCGGUUUGCUUCCCCUACCCCGCAAAGGCUGCGCCUUGGGGCAGAUUCCACAUGGUUACCUAGCGCUGCCCCCAGAGGCAGGAGUGGGUGGCGCAGCCUCAGAGAAGGAAGAUUUAUUUUUUUAAUGAUGCGACAGAUGGCUCGGCGCAGCAACGCCCGGGCGGGAGGGGAGCUGGGCUUUGCUUCCCUCAGGUGUCUGGCUUGUGUGGGUUUUUUAAACAUGGGCCAGCCGUGAAAUGCGGGCUUGGA